CUAAAGGCGCCCUGUUCAUAACAGUCGUUGUCUGACGCCUCUGUGUUGUUGCUCAUUCUCCCAUUGUAUUUACUUGUGACCUAUUAGCCAUAAGAAAGGAAUUCGAGUUAUCCUCACAGUUUUCAAGUCCACAGCCUAGGUGUUGUGCUAUUUUUUCCCCCUCAAAGUAUGGAUUACUUUGUUAAGAGUUGAUCAUUUUGAAAUAAUUCCUCGGUGGCCAGCAAAUGUCUAGUAUACCGAAUCUCACACCAAUAAGAGUGGAGAAGGUCGCACCUCAAAUAACUGAAGUUUCUGAAGCUCAAAACAUUACGGUUGUGUCACAUUUACCUCUCCGUAAAGGGAUUCAGUACACUCGUCCAACUCAUAACUUCAUUGCUACCCCUCCUCGAGAUUCUUCAGUUGUUUCAACUGGCUCUGUUGUUGUGAUUCGGCCAAUCAGCAAUGCUUCCACUCCAGUAAAUGUAACUGCUUCAGCCUCUUCAACAGGUCUAAAAAUUACUCCUAUUGGUCCGCUUAAAAUAUCCUCAAUUCAAUCUACGUCGAAUGUAUCCCGUGCGAAUUCCAUACAAAAUACUUCAGUGUCAUCCCCUGCAAGAGUGAGCAACCUCGUUACUCAUUCUGCUCGUCCACAAAAUGCUCAGUCAGGAAGUACUUCUCUUAACAAAAUUUCUGAGAAAGUGAAAACAACUGAUGAAAAACAAACGUCUCAACGUAAUGUUAUUAGAGAAAUGCAGGUUAGAGUUCCAAAUAAGAAGGAUAAGAGAUUCAGUGUAUUACGUUUCCACGCAGCUGACAGGCUUGAUUUAUCAUCAGCUCCUGAAGUUUUUAUGCAACGUGAAAAUAAUCUUAAAGCAUAUCGGAGUUUAUAUGGUACAACUGAAAUGCCAGACACUGGUGCUGGUAGCGAAUUCGGACGUGAAGCUAAAGAAGAGGCAAGAUUAAAGAAAUUUGGUGUUGUACGGGAAAGUUAUAAACCUGACGAUCAACCGUGGUUAAUGACUGUUGGAAAAGGUAAAGCUAGUCGUCGUCGUUUUAGAGGAGUCCGAGAAGGUAGUGUGUCAGAGAAUGUUGAGUAUUUUGUAUUUUGUCAGUGUAAAGAUGGUAAUUUCGAUGCUUAUCCAGUAAAUGCUUGGUACAAAAUGAAACCGGAAAUAAAUUAUCGUUUUCUUAGAGAAGAUGAAGCUGAAGCUGAAUAUAGCCGUUUAAACAAAACACUCAACUUAUUUAAUGUUAUGGUUAAACGAAAACUUACUGAUAAUGCUAGCGAUGAUGAAACAAAUAUGGAUCGCGAAAUUUCGAAAGGAUUAAAGUUCCUGUCUUCCCUUGGAGAUUCGAAUUUAAAUCAGCGAAAUUCUGCAGAAGUAAAAACAAAAGAUCUAAAACCUGAAAACUCUUUAAAACUUACUGAUUUAGAAGAAUUGGACAGUGGUAGCGAAGCUGAUGAUGAUGACGACGAUGAAGAUGAUCUGGAUGAUGAUAAUCGCUUGAAAAAUCUAAACUCUGAUCCAACUAAAACAGAUGAUGGUCCAAGUUCUAGUAAAGGAAAAAGUCUAUUGUUUGAAGAUCCUGAUGAUCGUACUAAAGGCGGAUCUAAAGGUGGUUUGUUGAUGAAAUCAUCCGAACGUACUCGCCUUGCUAAAAAGAAACAACGUGCAGCUGCUAUUGUUACAAAAAUGCGACGUGGUGUUAAAAGGCGUAAACGGAAAGCUAUUCAUAUGGGUUCGUCUGAUGAAGAAGAUGAUCCGGAUGAAGAAGCACAAGAUGAGAGUGAACUAGACGAUCAUGAAGGAGAUGAAGUAGAUUACAUGACUAAUUCAUCAUCUGAUGAAGAGAAAUUGUCUAGUGAAGAACGAGAAAAAAUAUAUGAAGAAACUGGAGUCGAUGAGGAGGUCGCUUUGAAAACUCUACUUACUGAUAUCAGUAAGUUAGUUGUUUUGAUUAGUAAAAAUUUACUUCCUCAUACCAAUGGAAUAAUAAUAAGCUUACGUAUGGAUUAAAUGAACGGUAGUGAAGAAGAAGAGAAUUCUGAUCGUGAUAUGCAAAAUGUGGAAGAAAAUUCACCUGAUGACGAUGAUACUGUCUAUUCCAAGAGGCGUAAUGAAAUAGAUGAUGUGAAAAAAUCUCAAAGAAAUGAUUUUCAAAAAGGAACUAAACAUUCAAUAUCAUCUAUUCAUAAAUCAGAAGAUGAUAAAUUAGAAGCCACUACAAAAUCACAUCGUAAUCAUAAAAAACUUCAAGACAAUGAUAAUGAUAGUGGAUCAUCAUCAAGUUCCAGUUCUUCAUCAGCUGAUGAAGAAGAUUCUUCAACCUAUUCAUCAUCUGAUUCUGAUCUUGACAAUCGACUUAAAUCAAUACAAAAAAAUGCUAAAAAAGCUGAAGUCAUGCAAAAACUCUCAGAAACCAUACAUGCACCUUCACUUUCAUCUGGUAUUAACAAUGCUAACAGUUCAAUUGAAAAUCAAUCAAUCAACAAUGGAAAUAAUUCAAGUUUAAAACGUUCACCUACCGAUUUAUCUAUAUCUGGUAAUAUAAACAAUUCAUCAGAUUCACCUGCUACAAAGAAAUUACGAACUGAUAUACUACUACCAUCUGGUAGUAGUAGUAGUAGUAAUAGUACAUCAACAAGUGCAACAGACAAUGAAUUAGUAAAUACUGUACGUAAAUACUUAAUGAGAAAGCCUAUAACUGUGAGAGAAUUAUUAAAGAAAAUUCGUCUACGUAAAUUAGUUGGUAAAAAUGAAGAUGCACAAACAGUAUUAGCUAAUGUAUUACGUCAACUUAGACCUAUUAAACAAACAAUCAAUGGACAACAUGCUUUAUCUUUAAAACAUUAAUUAUUUUAAAUUGAACACCACAAUUACUAUUAUUUUAAAUCAAUUGCAUGUAUGUAUAAACAUAUAACUUCGUUUCCUAGUUAUAUAUAUAAAUAUUUUUUACUAAACGAGAUAAAAAUAUCUGCAUGUUUGUACACACACACACACACACAGAAAA